CGGGGAGCGGCUGCAGGGACGCGCGCAAGGUGAACGCGGGGGCUGGCGCUGCGGCGCCCAGGCUCAUCCAGUGAGGACCGGCAGUUGAGUGUUCUAGGCCCACGCAUCCGAGUGGACCAUGGCCCCCAGCCCAUGGGGCCGUGUAUGUGGUCCCCUGCUGCUGCUGCUGCUGCUGCUGCUGCUGCUAUGCUCCGGGCCUGGCCCCCAGGCCCGGGGCCUUCCCAAGCCACCCAAGGACUCGGAACCACAACUGAUCCUAGGAGAUGACCCCCAGGGCCCUCUGGGCACAGAGCCCCAAGCCCUCGACUUCCUCUGGCAGAAGUCCAGAGAUGAGAGCCCCUGGGACUCCAAUGUCCCCCAGGUCCCUGCCGAGGAAGUCCUUGAGGAGCCCGUACUCUCUCCCCUUGGCCCAGCCCUGCAUGGACCUAAAGCAGCCCACAGGGCUCAGAGAGAAGGCCUCCCAGUAACCGAUGACCUCCAGAUGGCUCGAGGGCCAAGUUCUCACGGCUGGACAGGAUCUCCUGACUCACAGGAGCCUAUAGAGCAAGAAGCACCAGCCUCCCAUCCAGUGGGCCGCCCCCAUCUCACCUUCAUCCCCAUCACUCCCCGACUCCAACUCAGGAUAGCUACAGUUCCUCCCUCCCCAGGGCCAGAGGACUCUGGAGGCCAAAUGGGACAGCGACCACCUAGAGAUGGGGAUCUGGUGGCCGAAGCCAAGAUCAGAGUCUCCGAGAUAGCCCCCUUAGACCGCCCGGGCACCACCAAGGCACCCGUGCUGGAAGAACGGGGUGGGGGCGAGGAGGACUUUCAGGAGGCAGCUCAGAGCCCUGUCUUCACCCAACAAGACCCAGCAGUCCCCGACGGUGGCUCGGCGUCCCCAGCCGAGAUGGCAUCUUCGCAGGAGCCUGGGCCCCAGCCAGACCUGGCAUUGGCCAAAAGCCUUCCUCCUGCUGAGGAGCUGCCAGUUGAGCUCCCCAAGAAGGCUGGAGGUGGGGAGACCUGGGAAGUCAGCUUUCCAAGUCCCUCGCCCGAAGAGGCUGAUCUUUUUGAUGUGAGGAGCUCACCAAGUCCCCAGCCCUCAGGUGCCCCAGCCACAGAGACUCCUGACGGGCAGCCUAAGCCAGAGAUAGCAGCAAUGAAUGGAGCAGACCCCAUCUCCCCCCAGCGGGUGAGAGGAGCCCUGGAGACCCCAGGUACCCCCAAGUCCCUCAUCCCUGGCCCCUUGGACCCUGGCCCGGCUACAAAUCGAACAGAGAGCCCUGUGGGGGCCCUGCAGCCAGAUGAAGCCGAGGAGUGGCCGGGGCGCCCCCAAAGCCAUCCCCCGGCACCCCCAGUCCAGGCCCCCUCGACGUCACGCCGGGGCCUCAUUCGGGUCACCACGCAGCGCGCCCUGGGCCAGCCACCCCCUCCGGAGCCCUCAGCCAGCUCCAUGGCAUCAUCCCCAGCCACCAGCCCCCCGGCCAAUGCCACCGCCCCUCCCCUGCGCUGGGGGCCCCUGCGGCGGGUGCUGAGCUUUUCCUGGGAGCUGCAUGUCUAUGGGGUGGGGGUGCUCUUCCUGUUGCCCGCGUUGUUGGCACUGGCCUCACUGGCGGCUGCCCCCGCGGGGCCCCGGCUGGCUCUGGCGGCGGCAGUGCUGGUGCUCAUAGCGUCGGUGCUCCGAUCUGCGUACAUGCUCGCCGACCCCUACGGCUCCCAGGCCCGCCUGGGCUUCCGCGCCGGCCUGGUGCUCUACAACCUGCCCUUCCCCCUGCUGCUCACCGCGCUGGCGGCCCUGACCCUGCUCGGGCUGGGCGCGGGGCUCCCGCAGCAGCUGCAGAACCCGCUCCUGCUGGCAGCGAUGGCGCUGGCGCACGGCGUGGGGCUGCUGACUGCCGACCUGCUGGCCGUGAGGCCCGCGUUCAACCUCCUGGCUCAGGGCUUGUCUUGUGCCUGGGGCGCGGCGGCGGCUCUGGGCACGCUCUGUCUGUGCCGUCGCCGCCUGCUGGACGGGCCGCGGGGCUGGGACGCCAGCCCGGGCCCGCGGCUGCUGGCCGUGGCCGGCGCGCUGGGGCUGCUGGCCAGUGGCUUGCAGCUGGCAGCCGCGCUCUGGCUCUACCCGGGCCCGGGCCGGGUGGGUCGCUUUUCGUGGGCCUGGUGGGGCGUCCACUUCUGGCUGCGCCUGCUGGAGCUGACGUGGGCGCUCACCCUGGCGCUGGCCGCUGUGGCCGCCGCGCGGCCCAGGCCGCCCACGGAGCACGCUUGCUGGGCUAAGCUGCUGCGCCUGGCGUGCCCCACGCCCUCGGGCAAGAGCGAGGUGCCCGAGCGACCGAACAACUGCUAUGCGGGGCCUAGCGGCGUCGCUGCAGGCAGCUUGGACAUAAGCAAGAGCCUCAUCCGCAACCCGGCGGAGGGCGGGCCGCCUGCCACGCCCGGGGCAGGCGCCUGGGGGUCGGCGGCGUCGUUGGGCCGCGGCCCCCAGGGUGGCCCUGGCCUGUCCCGCAGCAGCGUGGGGCCGGCGCCGUCGAUGAGCGAGCUGGACCUGCGGCCGCCGUCGCCCAUCAACCUGAGCCGCAGCAUCGACGCCGCGCUCUUCCGAGAGCACUUGGUGCGCGACAGCGUUUUCCGGCGCUGCGGCCUGCGCGGCCUGGCCUCCCCGCCGCCGGGGGGCGCGCUGCGGCCGCGCCGGGGCAGCCACCCCGACGCCGAGCUCGAGGGCGAGGGCUCCUCGCUCCUGCGUGGCCGCUGCCGCUCUCUCAGCGACGUGCGCGUGCGCGGCGCGGUCCCACCGCACGUCGCGGAUGAACCUGACGGGGCGGCGUCGGGCAGCUCCGUGGACAGCUUCUCCCGGGGCUCGCUCAAGAUCAGCUGGAACCCGUGGCGUCACGGGCUGUCGUCGGUGGACAGUCUGCCCCUGGACGAGCUGCCCAGCACGGUGCAGCUGCUGCCCGCCCCCGCCGCCGCCGCCGCCGCCGCCCCCGCCCCCGCCCCCGCCGCCUCCCGGCCCGGGGAACCUCGGAGCGAGGCGCAGCCUCGCUGCAAGCCCGGGGACUCUCGCAGCGCCUCCAGCGACACCAUCGAGCUCUGAGGGGGCCAGGGAUGCAGGGGCCCUACCCUCGACGGCCAUAUGGCUUGGCCCACUGGGACAGCUGAACAUUUGAAAAACUGGCAUUCCCGGGCUUCCGUCUGACUGCGGGCCCUGGCAGCGGCGGGGCGUGAACCUACCUGCCCCCAUUUUUUGUUUUUUUUUUAAAUAUCUAUUUUUCUCAGUGGGUAUUUUGCACAGAGGCUGUGACUUCUGCGGAAUACAGGGUGGACAUGCAUGGACUUGGGUGUGGGAUAUGGGGCCCAGGUACCCCCAAACACCCCUCCAGACUCCGCAGUAUGAAGAUGAGGUUUGCCUGUCCGGACUGUCCUCUUUGUGCCAAAGAAAUAAACCCUUAGGACUUGG